AUGUUCCAAUUCAACAUCCUCCUUCAGCUCCUCCUCGCGAGCUUGGCCUUUGCCGCUCCCAUCGAGACCGCCGACCACGGCAACGCUUGGCAGUACGGCACCGGCGGUGGAAUUAUCGGAUUGAUCGUUCUCAUUCUCGAUGUCAUCGUCUUCAGUCUUCAAGUCCAGCCGUCCCCCGUAUCCAAGCUUCUCUGGUGUCUGGUCGUCUUCCUGUUCCCCAUCGUCGGCAUGGUUAUCUACUACCUCUUCUCGAACCGUGAUGCCCACAAGACCGGCGCCGGCUACGAACCUCUUUCUUAA